AUGCAACAAUGCGUCGACGAACUUGUCAACGACAUAGGCAACCUUAAUCUCGAGUGUUCCACCACCGCCGCCACCGACACCGACACCGCCAUUUCUGUCAAAACCACUUCAAGCCACAUCUCAUCCGCCAGUAAGCCUCACGCGCGGCCACGCGAUCCAUGUUGGGACGCGAUCCAAGGCAAGAAGUUCAAUGGCACCGGGAUCAGCCUUGACGACCUAGGCCUCGUGCGUCGCCUCGGGUGCGGCGACAUAGGGAGCGUGUACCUCGUAGAGUUAGAGGGCAGUGAUGGGUGCAUGUUUGCUGCCAAGGUGAUGGACAAGGAGGAUUUGGCAAGUAGGAAUAAAGGAAAUAGGGCAAGGAUAGAGAGGGAAAUAUUAGAAAUUUUGGACCAUCCUUUUUUGCCCACGCUCUAUGGCUGGUUGGAGUCGGACAGAUGGUCUUGCUUGUUGACCGAGUUUUGCCCUGGCGGUGACCUCCAUGUCCUCCGCCAAUGCCAACCGGACAAACGCUUCAGUCGAGCGGCCGUCCGAUUUUAUGCAUCUGAAGUGGUUGCUGCUCUAGAGUACCUACACAUGAUGGGAAUAAUAUACCGUGAUCUGAAGCCAGAAAAUGUACUCAUAAGAUCAGACGGUCACAUCAUGUUGACCGACUUUGAUCUCUCAUUGAGAAGCAGCACUUCAACAUCAACGGCUCAGCUUGUUUCUGAUCAAGACUCACCAAACACCGAUCGAUCCUCUUAUUCCACCAAGCAACCACAAUUUGGAAUAUCACCAUGCAUCCUGCCUAGUUGUAUGGUUCCGACGGCAUCAUGCAUGCACCCAAAAGGCAAGCGCAAAAAGAAAUCAGGUCACCGUGUGUCCCUCGAGAUCGUGGCGGAGCCAAUCGACGUCCGAUCGAUGUCGUUUGUCGGGACCCACGAGUACUUGGCACCGGAGAUGGUAUUAGGUGAAGGCCAUGGCAAUGCAGUGGAUUGGUGGACUCUAGGCAUAUUUAUAUUUGAAAUGUUUUACGGUGUCACACCCUUUAAAGGAACGAACCAUGACUCAACUCUAGCUAACAUUGUGGCCCGGGCCCUUGAGUUCCCUAAGGAGCCUACGGUGUCCGGACACGCUAAAGAUUUGAUCACGCAUCUUUUGAUCAAGGACCCCACAAGAAGAUUGGGGUCCACAAUGGGUGCGACAGCAAUCAAGCACCAUCCAUUUUUUGAUGGGGUCAAUUGGGCAUUAUUAAGAUGUAACAGACCACCCAACAUUCCUCGGCCUGUUGCUCACCGGGACCUUGUGCAAGCCGAGAAAGGUAAGGACACUCCAGUAGAAUACUACUAGCAACGAGUUUGUUUAAUACAAUUGUAAUAUAGUUUCAUGUAUAUAUGUGGUUUUUAAUUUUGGAUGCUGUGAAGUUGUUUUCUGGGUUAUGUCAUUUCAAUUCCCUUUUGUAAUUAAAGAACUCUAGUCCCUCCA